UCAAAAUGCACCGCCUGCUUGAACCAUUUAUAAUCCGCUUUAAAGAAGAGAAAGUCAUAGAUGCCAUUAACCAUGUUCAACGUGAUAGCCAUUCCAAUGAAUUGGCCUCCGGAAUGAUAAACACGGUCAGCCAUUUACAAUUGUAUUCUGAUGAUCCAUUUGUCUUAGUCGUGAAUUAGAUGCAUUUCCCUUGGGAAAUGCGGGGCAAUCGGUGGAAAGUGCUAGCCAUUGCAGUCUGUAACUUGCAUGGGGAGAAUUUUAAUUUCUUGCACAUGAAAGUGGCCUGGAGGGAUGUCCAAGACGCAUUGCACGAGGGUUUGGCCAUUGUGCUGGACGCCAUACGGACUAGGGGAUAUAAACGCCGGUUAAUGGGCAUUAUCUAUAACGGAUGCCCCGCCAAAUUAGUGGCAGAAGUGAACGCCGCCAGAGAGUCUCCUGUUCUAUGGAGCUAUACUCACCUGCGCAAAAUUUUGGCGAAUGAUCACGAAAUUAUGGACACCGUGCUGGAAGAUACGUACAGAUUAGAGUUCAAUGCCAACGAUUGGCGAGACAAGGUGUAUCCAACGGUGUAUGGGGAUGUAGAAGAUCUCAUCGCCAGGGAGGUACGAGAGGUGAAAUUGUUGGUUGCACGCAUUUGUUCAUACCCAGCGACUCCGUUCACCACCAUCUGCAGUCUGAACUGCAAUAACCUGGAGUUGUGGUGCAUAUCUAUCAUCUCUUUGGUGAAAAAAGUCGUGGAGCUUAUGCCGAAGCCAUCAUGGGAGGAAUUUGAGCAAAAUCAACAUCGGUUCAUUGCACGUCUGGUGGGAGUCGCAGAGAUUCUAGCCCGGUCUGCCGAGGGUACGCGAUAAACCAAUCGGUUUAAAACGAUCUCUAAAUCUUUAUUAUCUACAUCACUUUACUAGUUUUAAACGUACAGGUCACGCCCAUAUUCUCGCUGACCGACAAAUGUUUCACAGUGGCACUCUUUGUUAGCCUGCCCCCAACUUGAGGCAUUUCCUUGCGAGGAUUAUAAAUAUAGGAUUAUAUAUAUA